UGAAAGUAACGUAAACAGCGCAUGUUCUCACCAAUACAAUGACUUAAAAAUGAAAACAGCUGUAGUUUGAAGUUUUUUUAAAAAUUUAUUUAAGAAACUUAGUUAAACCUUCAUUACAAAAUGGUUGUUUGUGCUGUUACAAACUGCUCGUCGCGUUCACAACCAUCAAGUCAUGGAGGUAAACAUUUUUUUCGUUUUCCAAAGGACAGUGAUAAAAGUAAUCAAAUCAGGAAAUUAUGGAUUCAGUUUACAAGAAGAGGAAAUUUAUUUGAUCCGAAAAAUUCUGCAAUUUGUGAAGACCAUUUUACAUCAAAUUGCUUUAUUCAAAAGAAAAAAGGACGACUUUAUUUACACAAAAAUUCAGUUCCGACAAUUUACUAUCGGGAAUCAAAACAUAAACUUGAAAAAAUUGAGAUUCCAUACGACUGUAAUACUCAAGAAUACGUUAAUGCUGAUAGUAUUGAUUUUUUCUACGCAACAUCAAAUGUUGAGCGAGAGCAAGAGAUUCUCUUCGAGAGGACAACAAAAAUACAGAGCUUAAAAAAUUUGUGCCGGUUUUGUUUUGAAUGUGACAAAGACAUAAAGUGUGUACCAAUAAAUAAAUUGGAAGCAUAUCGAAUAGAUGUUGUCGAAUUUCUCAAAAUGAUCGGCAUUGAGAUUCAACACAAUGACAUGUUUAGUGAAAUAAUCUGUGAGAAAUGUUUUCAACAAAUUGUAGAUAUUGACAGCUACAAGAGACGAUGUCGAAAAGCACAAAGUGAUAUAAUUGCUGAACUUGAGGAACUGGAUCAAAAAAUUGAAGAAAUUCAAAAUACAAAGAAACAAGAAAAACCAUGGUACAAAGUUGAGAUAAUCGAGACGAAUGAAGACGACAUACCCGAAACUGAUGUGCCACACUUUGAUAUGAUAGAAGAAGAACAUCUUGAAGAAGCGGAUGUUGUUUAUGAGGAUGGUUGUUCACAAUACCAAGCCGACAAUUCAUAUAUUCAUGAUUAUUCAGAUAAUAUGAAAGACGAUGACACUGAGGAAGAAGAGGGUAAUAAUGAAGAAAUGUAUGCAAAUGACGUAGUCGGAAUUAGUGAAAGUGUUGAACAAGCAGAAAAUAAAUGUAUAAUCGGAAGGAAUGAUAAUGAAAUGAUAUUCAAUGAGAAAGACAAGUAUAAUAUUGUUGAUAAAGAAGCAAUUAUUAAGAACCCCGAUCGAAAUAUUAAUGCAUAUCGAAUUUACGAAUGUUUUUUCUGUCGAUUAAAGUUUGCCGGUAGAAAGACAUACAAAGCACAUGAUUGCCAAGUGAAAGAAGUAAAGUGUGAGGUUGAAGGAUGUUCAAAAAUUUUUACAAAGCAAAGUGGUUACAAUCAGCAUAUAGUGAAAAUUCACGGGCAUUUAAAAAAGUCAAAAAAAUACUGCCCUAUUUGUAAACAAUACUUGAAUGCAUCCGAAUCACAAUUUAAAAGUCAUUGUAAGCAAUGUAGUAAGGAAUCGAUGAAAAAAGAACAAAUAAUUGAAUGUGAAAUUUGCAAUAAAAAAUGUAAAAAUCUCAAAAGCUAUGUUGUUCAUAAAAUGUUUCACGAUGCUCGGAAUUUAGUUAAAGUCAGUGAUGAAAGCGGAUCAAAAAAAGCGCCAAUUUUUUCGGGAAAAGGACCUGUUAUUUGUGAGCUGUGUGGAAAAGAAUUUACAAACAGUCAAGGAUUAAGAACACAUAAGAAAAAUGUACAUUUGGUGGGAUCAAAAGGAGAAGUUUUUCAAUGUGAUAUAUGCAAUAAAGAACGACCGACAAAACGCUCAUUAUUCAAUCAUAUGAGAAAUGUUCAUCGAGUACAAAAAACGCCGUGUAAUGUUUGUGAAAAAGUAUUCAGAACUAAGGCUCUUUUACAAAAGCACAUGAUGUAUCAUGAUGAAACAAAGCGAAUACAUUUCUGUCCUUUGUGCCCGGAUAAACCAGGAUAUUUUACUGGAGUCGCAUUAAGACGCCAUCAAAAAUCUCAUCACGUUGGAUUAAGAGAAUAUCAUUGUGAUUUAGAUUAUUGUGAUGCAUCAUUUAAUUCAAGUACAUUAUUAAACCAACACAAAAUGCAACAACAUGGAGUUAGUUUAAAUUAGGAUAUUAUAGAUAAUAAGAGAGAAUUUAAUAAAGAUGACA